UGCUAGUCGAGCGCCUAUCGCGCAGAAAGAGGAGCUGCAAGAUGGCGCAAGCAAUAUUUGAAGUGCUUGAAGGCAUGGACAACCAGACCGUGUUGGCGGUCCAGUCUCUGCUGGACGGCCAAGUUGGAGUUCCUGACCCGAACAAUCAGAAUGUCUCCGGGACGUCCACCAUACAGUCUAUGGACGACGAGGACGUGUUCCUGUGUGGGAAGUGUAAGAAACAGUUCAAUUCUCUGCCGGCCUUCAUGAUGCACAAGAGGGAGCAGUGCCAGUCCAGCGUCCCCUCCCUGUCCACAGUGUCCUUGGCCUCCACCAAUGCCUACACACCGGUCCCCUCAAUCAGCUCUGGACCACAGACCCCGGCCAACAGACAGGUAUCCACCUACAUCACGGUACCCCCCUCCCCUCUGACACACACUCUGGUCCAGGGCAACGUGCUGGUCAGCGACGAUGUCCUCAUGUCGGCUAUCUCAGCCUUCACCUCCGUCGACCAGCCUAUGGCCCCCAUGCAGACGCCUGUACAGAGUAACCUGAGCAUGCACACAGCUGGUGUAUCAUACCUGCAGCAUCACCACCACCACCAUCACCAUCAUCAUCACCAUCACCAGCAGCAGCAACAACAACAGCAGCAGCAACAACAACAACAGCAGCACCCCCUGCCCUCCGGGCAAACACCGGCCCACCCCCUGCCAGCUGGACAGCCCGCCCAGCAGCCGCUCUCCUCGCAGGUCCCAGCGAGCCACAGCAACUCAGUGGUCCAGGUGUACAGCGCACUGCCCCAUAUGGGUGGGGGCGGUGGCGCAGAGAUCCACACAUUGGGUCUGCAGCCUUUUCAUCCUGUACAAGUGCCAAGUCAGUGCGUGGAGAGCCAGCCAUACACGACCCCUCCCGUCUACAGCCCCGGGAAGCAGGGCGCCAAAACAAAGACCUGCAGCAUCACCACCAACCUGACGGAGCUGGACGACUUCGAAAAGGUCAUCAUCCCCAAACGAUCCAGGAGCAGCAAAAAAAGCUCGGAUGGAGCCACAGCAGAGCAGUUGAAAGGAAAAGUCCCAAAGCUGAAGUGUAAUUUCUGCGACAAAAUCUUCUCGAAAAACUUUGAUCUUCAGCAGCACAUUAGAAGUCACACAGGAGAGAAACCAUUUCAGUGCAUCGUCUGUGGCCGAGCUUUUGCCCAAAAGUCCAACGUGAAGAAACACAUGCAGACACACAAGGUGUGGCCUAUGGGUGUGGCCAGCACAGUGUCCAGAUUACCAAUCACAGUAAAGGUGGUACCAAUGUCGUCCAAUGAGGAGGAGGCGGGCGGGGAGCUGCAGCAGCAGCAAGGUGAACCGGAGGAGGAUGGGUCACAGCAGCAGAACUGUCAAACACAAACAGAGGAAGAGGUAGUUCAAACAGAAGCUCCGGUGGAAUUGGAGGAGAGUGCGGCUGAGGCUCUGGCUGAUCCGGAGUGCGGCCGAGGGGAGGCCACGCAGAACGGGCAUCCUCAGGUACAGAUCCAGGUGCAGUCCAACCAGGACCAGCAGUGCCAAGCUCAGACCAAACAAAUAGUUGUAAUAGACAGCUCCUACCAGUGCCAGUUCUGCGCCAGCAAGUUUAAGACCUACUUCCAGCUCAAGUCUCACCUGACUCAGCACAAAGGGGAGCAGGUUUACAAGUGUGUGUUGAAGUCCUGCUCCCAGACCUUCCAUAAGUUGGAUCAGUUCCUGGAGCACAUCAGGACGCACCAGGAGCAGCUGACCUACCGCUGCCACCUCUGCAGCAAGGUGUUCCCCUCGCUGUUCGAACUGGGAGUCCACCAGUACUCCCACUGCUUCUGCCCGCAGCAGAGCACACGCAAGGAAACCAGCAUCUACAGGUGUGUCAAGUGCCAAAGCCGAUAUUCUACCCAGGAAGCACUGGAACAGCAUCUAUUGACUGCCUCGCACAACUUUCCCUGCCCCCACUGUCAAAAGGUUUUCCCGUGCGAGAGGUACUUCAGACGCCACCUCCCCACUCACGGCAUUGGAGGGAGGUUCAAGUGCCAGAUCUGCAAGAAAGCCUUCAAGACGGAGCACUACCUCAAACUGCACACACGCAUUCACUCAGGUGAAAAGCCAUACAAAUGCUCCCUCUGUGAGGCGACGUUCAACAGGAAGGACAAAGUGAAGCGACACAUGCUCAUCCAUGAACCCUUCAAGAAAUACAAGUGUCCGUUUAGGACACAUGUGGGCUGCACCAAAGAAUUCAACAGGCCAGACAAACUCAAGGCCCACAUUCUGUCACAUUCUGGUGAGUGAAUAUUACCAGUAAUCAUUUUCAUCUGAACAAAGAUGACGGAAUAUUGCUUGUGAUAUUGUCGUGAUGUUGUAGAAAUAAUAAAAAGUCCUUUCCCACAAAUAAGUGAUCAGAUUGACUACAUUACAUAUUGGUGGUCACCCAGAUGUGGAAAUAUUGCUGUUGGAUGAAUGACUUUUUUGUAGUCAUACCUAAGACUUGACUGGACAUCAUAAGGGCAUGU